CUGCGCUUCUCAGUUUGACUCGCACUUUCACGCGAGCAGAUGUCUUUGAGGAAUCACAAACGGUCGACUUGAAUAGGGAUAUCCCCCUUCUCACCACCAUCCCCCUCCGGCAAUAGUUGGUGCAUUUAGCAGAUGGAGGUGUUGGGAACAUUUUUUUAAGUGAGAGACAGCAGCUGAUGCUGUCAAUCUGGUUGGGGUCUCAGGUGAAAAGUUGGAGAGAAAGGGAGACGAGGUGCAAGGAUGGAGCAGGCUCAUAGUUUGCUGCUCAACGAGGAAGCCUGCAAUCAGCUGAGGGAGCAUCAGAGGGCCGAGUUUGUCUUUGAGUGGCUGCGUUUCCUCAAAAAGCUGCUCCCCGCAACAGACCGGGCCGAUUUGAAGCAGAACCAGAAGCAGCUAGUGGAGCAGCUGACGAGGGUACUAACAAGUUCUCCAGGCCCCCCGACACGCUUGCUGCUGGCACAUUGUCUGGCGCUGGUGUACCGUUUGGGUGACUCCCUCACGUCCAGCCUCACUGUGGACCUCUGCAAUGACAUCAUCCGGAGCAAGGACGACUCGCCCAGCUUCCUGCCUACACGAUUGGCAGCUGUUGCCUGUUUGGGUGUGUUGUAUGAGCAACUGGGGCGACUCCUUAUCAAUUCAUUUAAAGAGACAAUGGUAAACCUUCUGAAAGCCAUGAAGAGUGCAGAGUCUCAGGGCCGCUGUGAGAUCAUGUUGUGUAUUGAGAAGAUUCUGAAGGGUUUAGGUGUGAGUGCCGUGUCCUGUCAGAGAGACAUCUAUAAAGCUGCCCGCACCUGUCUUACUGAUCGCUCAAUGGCUGUGCACUGUGCUGCUGCAAAGUGUCUUCUGGAGCUGCAGAGAGAGGCUGUCUUUCUGUGGUCCACAGAGCUGGAGAAUGUGGCCACUCUUUGUUUCCGAGCCUUCGAGGGCUCAAAUUAUGAUGUAAGAGUUGCCAUUUCAAAACUGCUUGGCACUUUACUAGCAUCGGCAUUGGAGCCCAGACAGGCUAUAGCCCCAAGGCCAGGCUCCAAGUGUAACACCCUAGAGGAGGUGAUGGAGCUGCUGAGUUCUGGUUUCCUGCGGAGAGGAGCCGGCUUCCUGCGGGCCAGUGGAGACAUGCUGAAAGGCACCAGCUCUGUCAGCAAAGAAGUGCGCGUGGGCAUCACACAGACAUGUGUGGUGUUUGUGUCCAUUCUGGGUGGUUCAUGGCUGGAGACACACUUCUCCUCUUUUCUUUCUCUUCUUAUGGAGUGGCUAUCUCACACACGGGUGACACAGUGCACAGCAGAUGCUGUCGCCUGCCGCUGCUGUGUCUCCUUCAUAUUGCGGUCCACUCUUGGCAGUUUGCUGGGGGUGAAGGCCCAGAUCGCAGCCGCCAAGGAGAUCUGCCAAAUGAUCAGCAAACAGAAGAGGGUUUUGGAUGCAGCUCUUCAUGAAGGGAAUGUUGAGACACGAGUGAGCCCUGCAGAUGUAGCAGCUAGUCCGCAUGUGCUGGUGUGUACCCUCCUGGAGGUGAGCAGUCUGCUGCAGGACCUGAGCUCCACUGCUGCCCCUCUGCUGCAGGACACUAGCAUAGGGAUGUUGGACACUGUGAUCUCUGUUCUCCUCCACCCCAAUGCAUCUGCCCGUCUGGCUGCUGCUUGGUGCCUGCGGUGUGUUGCCGUAGCGAUGCCUGCUCAGGUGGCUGUGUUGCUAGACCGCUGUGCAGAGAGACUGAAUGCCCUGAAAUCAUGCCCUGAGGCUCUGGCUGGGUAUAGUUCUGCAAUUGCAGCUCUGCUUGGAGCUGUACAGCUCUGUCCACUGGGAAUACCACACUGCAAGGGCAAGGUGGUGUUGAACCUGGCUGAAGAUCUCCUGCGUUCUGCCGCUCAGAACAGCAGAAUCUCCAUCCAGCGCACUCAAGGAGGCUGGCUACUACUCAGUGCUCUCUCUACACUGGGUCCGACUGUAGUGGAGCAUCACCUGCCUCGAAUGCUGUUACUAUGGAAAUGUGCCUUCCCGCUGUCUGUGAAGGACGUGGAGAGUGAGCUGCGGCGUGGAGACUCCUUUACCUGGCAGGUGACCCUGGAGGGCCGAGCAGGAGCAUUGUGCGCAAUGAAGAGUCUGUUGGUGCACUGCAAAGACCUCCUUACCGAUGAUGUCAUCAGUCGUCUGCUUCCUUUCUUGUCCUGUGCAGUGGCCCUGUUCACUCAGCUGCCCUCGCUCAUCAAAUCCUACGGAAACCAGAUAAAAAAUGCUGCCACUGUCUUCAGAUUGAGAGUGUAUGAGAUCCUCACAUUGCUACAGCCUAAAACUUAUGAAGAGAGCUUUGGCACAGUAUUGAAGCAGCUGCUGAAUGACCUGACUGGGCCAGAAAUCACAGCAUGCGCCGAGCUGAACUUGCUGCCUACUCUGUGCUUCAGCCAAGACCUGGCACUGCUGGGACCGGGACUACAGGAUAUGGACCAGCACUACAUCGAGGAGCAGCUCCAUGGAGGUGGUUCUGGAGGUGGGACUUUAGAGUAUGACCCUUUUACCAUUUUUGAGAAGGCUCAGGAUGUUCCCACCCCCCUCCCUCCAGCCUCUGCUCUAACAGCAGCAGCUGUCCAGCUGUUUGGAGUAAUUUUCCCCCACCUGGGCAACCAGCAGAGGGCUCAGAUCCUAGAGCAGUUCUGUGGGUUUGUGAGACAGCUUAAAGGAGCCCGGCAACAGACAGUUCAGAUCCAUGUAGCUGCUGCUUUUUGCUGCACUUUGAAAUGUUUAGCAUCAAGUCGGAGGGAUUUGGGUCCAGAAGAGGUACAAAGACCGGCCCUGUCUCUGCUAUUGGGGGCGCUAGAAGGUUCAAACCCUAUGUUGCGCUGUAUGGCUGCAGAGGGUUUAGCCAGACUGGUGCAGGUUCUUAAUGACCCCAGCUUUACUGUUUCGAUCACUCUCAUGAGCUUUGACAAACUGAAGACAGCAAGGGAUGCUAUCACACGCACAGGUCAUGCUUUGGCACUCGGAGCUGUCUACCGCUACCUGGGUGGUAUUAACUCCACCCAGUUCCUCAGUGCCUGUGUUGGGGUCCUCUUCACCUUGUCCCAGGACAGCACCUCACCUGAAGUUCAGAUGUGGGCUCUCCAUGCUUUGUCUAUGUUGGUGGAUCUAGCAGGGCCUCUGUAUCACAGUCACCUGGAAGCCAGCUUUACUCUGUUGCUUCGAUUGCUUCUGUCAACGCCACACACACAUGUGGAAGUGCAGCAAAGCCUAGGUCGCUGCCUUAAUGCCCUUAUUACCGCCACUGGUCCUGAUCUGCAAGGUGAGGGUGCAGGUGUGUGUGCGGUGAGGACCUCAUGUUUGGUGGGCUGUGCUGUGAUGCAGGACAGUCCAGACUGUCUGGUCCAGGCCCAAGCGAUCUCUUGCCUCCAACAGCUGCACAUGUUUGCUCCACGCUUCGUCAAUCUGGCUAGCCUGGUCUCCAGCCUCUGUGAGAUCUUAUUGGAUUAUUCUGUGUUGAUAAACCUGUGCAGCUCGUACCUGUCCCUAAGGCGGGCGGUUGUGGCUUGCCUGAGGCAGCUGGCUCAGAGGGAGGCCGUGGAGGUAUCUGAGCAUGCAGUAGCUCUGGUUAAAGAGCUACCAAGGAGAGACAACACACAGCUGGAUGUCACUAUUAAGGAGGUGGGUUUGGAGGGAGCUCUAUUCAGUUUGCUGGACAGGGAGUCUGACCUGCACCUGUGCCAAGACAUUCAGGAGACACUGGUUCACAUGAUAAGCUCCACUGCUGUGGGUAGUCUGGCACACUGGCUGAAACUCUGCAAAGACGUGCUCUCUGCCUCUACAGACUCAGCCGCAGCUGCCUCUGUAGAAACACAGCAGGAAGAGGAUGGAGAUCGAUAUGACGAUGACUGUUCAUUCCACGCGAAGCCUGAGUCCAGUGGCCCCUUCAACAACCUGUGCUGGUCUACUCGUGUGUUUUCCAUGGAGUGUUUGUGUCGUAUAAUAGCACAGUGUGAGAACGGAGAUCCGGCUCACUUCAACAUGGCACUUGCUCAAGAACAACGUUUACUUGAGUCCACGGAUUUCCUGGUUCUUCAUUUGGCGGACCUCAUCCGCAUGGCUUUCAUGGCAGCCACAGACCACAGCAAUCAGCUCCGACUGGCCGGUUUACAAACACUGCUGGUCAUUAUCCGUAAAUUCUCCAAUGUGCCAGAGCCUGAGUUCCCUGGCCAUGUCAUUUUGGAACAGUAUCAAGCCAAUGUUGGAGCUGCUCUCAGACCUGCCUUCAAUGUGGAUGCACCUCCAGAUGUCACAGCCAAAGCCUGCCAGGUUUGCAGUGCAUGGAUUGCCAGUGGCGUCAUCAGCGACCUGCGUGACCUGAGAAGGGUACAUCAGCUCCUGGCCUCCUCUCUUGUUAAAGUUCAGGUGGGGAGAGAUGUUUCCAGUCAGCUGUAUAAUGAGAGUACCUUCACCAUGGAGACGCUGGCCGUGCUCAAAGCCUGGGCAGAGGUGUAUAUCACAGCAGUUCAGCGUGCCAGGCAGAGGGAGAGCCCAGGCAGUCGACAACAGAGUGAGGAAGCAGGGGAUGCAGGUCCAGCAGGGGCUGGUCUACUUAAACUGGUUCAGACUGACUUGGCCACCCUCAGUCGUCUGUGGCUGGCUACCCUGCAGGACCAUGCCCUACUCACCCUACCCCCACAAUACUCUAAUCAAUUGCCAUCUACAGGUGGGUCGUUUUACACUGCAGAGACAGUGGAACAGGCUCGUCCACUUUACUGCAGUGCUUGGGCUACCAUUCUGCAUGCUACCGCACUCUGGCUCAACAGCACUGGAUUCAUCAUGGUGGACGAAGGGCCCACCAACCUCUCCCGUCCCGUCACCCCCACUUCCAUGGGCCAGUCCACCUCACUGAGUAGUGUCAAAUCUCCAGAGGACGUCAACACGGAUCGUCUCAACCUCAUCCUGGGAAUCAGUGUGGAGUUCUUGUGCUCACCUCACUCCGGGGACCAAAUGGAAUACAUCAGUUCAUGUCUCCAAGCUCUGCAGGCCUUAUUAGAGGUGCCUUGGCCCCGUUCAAAAGUGGGCAAUGAUCAGGCUCUUAGUGCAGAGCUGCUCAGUGUUCUGCACAGGCUCAUUGUCACUCGGGAAUCUCCUAGCAUUCAGCUGGCUGUGCUGGAAUUGGUUCACCAGAUUGUUUGUGCUGCUCAGGAGCAUGUCAAAGAGAAACGCCACAGUGCAGAGGUGGAUGAUGGUGCAGCGGAGAAGGAGACUGUUCCUGAGUUUGGAGAGGGGCGGGAUACUGGAGGUCUGGUGCCAGGGAAGUCUCUUGUGUUUGGAGCUCUGGAGCUGUGUUUGUGCAUUCUGGUCCGGAAGCUUCCACAGCUCAGCCCCAAGCUGGCUGGCAGCCCCUCGGGGCGGGGAGGACAGACCUGCUCCCUAAGCAACACUGACUGCAGACUUGUCACAUCUGCUCUGGCCAUCCUCUCAGAACUGCCGUCCAUCUGUUCACCAGAGGGCAGUGUGUCAGUGCUACCUACAGUGCUCUAUCUGCUGCUUGGAGUGUUGAGAGAGGUGAUGAAGUGUUCUGUUGAAGCUGAGAGUGAACAGCUUGUACCAGGCAUCCUGCAAGCCUUGCGCACUGUUCUCACUUCUCCUAUGAGCAGAGCCGAGAAGAGUCAUGGAGCCUGGACUGAAAUGCUUUGCUGUGCACUACAUACACUCUUGGAGUUUUGGUAUGAAGAUAAAACAGAGCCUGGAGUGGAUGAGGUUACAAUGUUGACAGCCCUCACUGUCUUCCUGCUGCACUCUAGUGCUGAGGUCACCACUGUGGAGCCAUUGCAGACACGUUGCAUCCAGACAUUUAGAGCCAGCCUCGAGUCCAAGGACCCCUUGGUGCAGAGCAGGAGUUAUCAGUUGCUAGUAUCUUUAUUUCAAGGUCCAACGCCAGUAGCCAGGCCAUUUAUUCUGGCUCUGGGUGGCUGUCUAGUGUCACAACUAAAGGGAGUUGAAAGGAGUCGUCCUCAGAACCCAGCAGAGCUACAGGCAGUGCAAGACGCAGUCCGAGCCCUAGAAGCGCUAGUGUUUGCUGCUGAUGAAACUCACCGUCCACAGCUGGUGGCUAUGCUAUUUCCAAUCCUCAUCUCUCUUCUGCUGGAUGAGAAUGCCUUGGCAUCCGCUUCUGCAGCCUCUCGCUUACUGCAUGAAUCCGCCUUAAGAGACCUCAUGCGCAUUGGCCCCCAACACUCGGCUGUCUUCAAAUCACUGAUGGCCUCUGCUCCGAAUAUGAAAGCCCGACUGGAGGCAGCCGUCAAGGGGAACCAGGAGAGUGUGAACACUAAGACAACAGCAGCCCGGGUCAUUAGCAGAAGCACGCCCAGCAUCCAACUGAAGAUCAAUUUCCUGUGAAUCCAACGUCCGUUUCAAAUGUAGCAUAUGCAGUCUCCUUUUGAUUUGAAUGACUAUUUGAGUGAAUGUCAAGGUGUUAUUUUAAUUUGUCAUGAUUUUAAAGCUACAUUGGUUUAUAAUUUAUGUCAUUUAAGGAUUGUAGUGUUAACUGUGUCUGUGUUAACCUCUAUGAGGAAUGUAAUAUAUAUUUACUCUGAGAAGGUUAGGGGAAAUGCGUUUUUAACCAUCAGCGUCUCACGGCAAGAACAGCUCACCCAAGGGGGAGUGAAUUUUAUGACUUCCAUAUAUCAACUUUUUUGUUUUAAUGAUAAAUUGGAUGAUUUUUUCUAACUUAGUUAUGCAUAGCAUGGAUUUUUGUGAGGAGUAUGUCAUUGUUCUUGUAAAGCGAAUACAAAUGAAUUAUUUUUUUCUGACUUGCUGCAGCACUCUGCCAAACCUUGUGCAACACCAACUGCACCACUUUGAAUUUUAAAACAGUCAUCUACUGCCUUGACUUUAAGCUCAUUUUCAAAUAUUUUAAAUUCCGAAGAGAUGGCUUGUUGUGAAUGUAUUUAUGAUAUUGGUUAAGCAUUACGAACAGGUACUUGCAUUGCUCUAUACUACAUCAGAUCACCGUACUGAUCAUUUUAAUGCAAAUGUGGUACCCUUUCAAUACUUUUAGUAUUUCAGUUAUGCAUGGAGAUGUGUGCUGUUAUCACUUUGUUUCUCACAAGACUUAUCCACUGUGCACUUCUAAAGGUUAGACAGCACACGGUCUAAGCAAGUGUAAUAGAUCUAACCUUGAGUGAUUAAAAAUAUAAAGGCAUAAGCAAAGCAAAAAAUGUUAAACAAGCAGCACAAUAAUAUUUACUACAGCACUACAAACAAGUUUACAGUGCGAAUGUGUAAGUUUCUGCGAAUACUGGACCAUUUUUGUUUUGUUUUUUAAGUAACUAUAUACUUCAGGUGCUGCUUUCUGCUUGAAGCAGUGAUGAUUCCAUACAUUACUGCAUUUAUAACCACACCAUAUUUUUUGUAUGUUGUAAAUUGUACAGAUUAAAAUGUAGGGCAAAAUUAACAUUUAUUUUCUGAAUAUACUGCAGGAAUAAAAUAUAGUUUUGCUUCAAGA